AUGAUCAACAUCUUUGAAUCAUUUCUCCCUCAGUUAUUGCGCUACCCAAACCCUAAUGAUCCCUUGAACGGCGAGGCGGCAGCUCUCCUGAUGCGACACCCUAAAGAAUAUGAUGCGAAAGUGAAAGAGUAUGUCCAGAGGUAUGCAACCAAGGAGGCUGCCGACGCCGCUAAUACCAACGACGAUGACGACCAAGACGAAGAAAUGAGCGACAUUGGAAGCAUCAGCGAUGGCGAGUGA